CCGGCAAAGAGCCUUUCCUCAAUCGCUCACUCUUCGCCCGCCCCCAGAACUGGCGUCUCCUCCUCCUCCCCCAUCCUUCCAGUCGCCCUCGACCUUUUUCCCUCCUCCUUCUUCCUCCUCUGCCUUUUAAUUCUUCGCUCUCUAACGCCCCCUUUCGAUUCUACGCUUACGCGGCUCGUAUUUCUUUUUUAAAUCCUCUCGAUACUCUCCCAUUCUUCUUUCGCCCCCUGCUGGCUUUUUCUCGACGCCCUUGCCCCGGUACGACUCUCGACGCGCACGAGUCCUCGCCCAGGAGUUUCUCUCGCAGAUUGUCCCUCGGCCCUCGUUUCCUUCAAACUCAACUCACAACCCCAACAAGGCCUCAGACGUGCUCUAGUGGCCUUAUAUUUGCAGCCGAGAGCAGCAGAAACACGUUACCGAAAAAAAUAAUUUAAUACAGCGCCGCGCGACACCGCUACCCUUCUGCGCCCACUUUGGUUCGCUCCUCGCGCCAGCCAAACAUCGUGACUCUACGGUCAUCCCCAACCUGUAGGCGCCGCUUCGACACUCGAGGCUACAUUCUGACUCCUACCCGAGUCCGUUGCACGUCGUAAACCUUGCGCGCGUCCCUUCUGGCGUCGCCAUGCUUCCCAGACUUCGCACGUAAUCUCACGACCCGACGCCUUCCUAACCUGACAAUACACCCUCGAGGCCCCCAUGAUUAUGACGGAAAAGGUGGCUUCGCUGCCAACGCCAGUCGCAGUCCCUAGUCAGCCCACUGCCUCGUCUCCUGGUCCCACCGUCGUCAAGGACGAAUCCUCGCACCAGGAUGACACGGCAGACGAAGAGCCCUACACAAUCAAGUGUAUCUGCAACUUUACUGACGAUGAUGGAAAUACAAUCUACUGCGAGACCUGCGACACAUGGCAGCACUUGGACUGCUUCUACCCAAACAACAGGGAGGAAGCGACCCGCGAAGACUUCGCACACUCUUGUGCUGACUGCAAACCGCGUCCCCUGAACCGACAAAAGGCCAUCGAGCGAACUCUCCGUCUAAAGAGCGUUGGUCUUGAUGACGAUACUCCAGGUGGCGACAAAAAACCGAAGCGACCGCCCACGAAAACCGCAAAGAAAAAGACGAAACCGGCCGAUCUGCAGCUCAACGGUACCGACGCUUCCAAGCACCCGAGCCCCUUGGACAGCACCUCCAAUCCGGCAAAGAAGCAGAAAAAUGGCCAUCGCCCUACACAAUCUACAAGCUCUCAAGCUCCCAAGCGCAGUCCUUCGCAAGGAAACGUGCGCAUUAACCCCGCCCACCCCCCUAGCCCUGCCACGACCCCUCCUGAUCUCCCUGAUGAUUUCCAAAUACACCACUACUCCGCUGGCUUUUACUCUCUCUACAACGAGCAAGAAGUCCCGCAGACAGAGAACAACUCGUUUGCUAGCAUAGCGAUCCCCACAGCGCUGGCUCGUUGGCUCCAUGAGCCCGAAGUCAUGAAGCAGGAGGUGGGCAGAACACACAAAGAAGUCUUUCAAGACGAGCCGGCGACGCUCGAAGGCGAGCGACCGGAGCUCAAGGUUGCAGACGCCACUCGUUCGUUAGACUCUGACAAUACGCUUCGCUGGCGAUUCCUUCAAUCCACAGCCGCUGUCGAGAAGGAUGUUCCGCUCAUCGAACUCAACGGCGCAAUUGGAUUCCAAAAAGAUUACUGUACUGACCAGGAUAAUUUAUGGACCGACCUCUCCUCUCCCCUCCCCUUCGUUUUCUUCCACCCUGUUCUCCCGCUCUACAUCGACACUAGAAAGGAAGGCUCCCGCGCUCGUUAUGUGCGACGCAGCUGCAAGCCUAAUGCACAGCUCGAUACAUACUUAUCAGGCGGAUCCGAGUAUCACUUUUGGAUCGUCUCUGACAGACACAUUGCUGCUAAUGAGCAAAUCACACUGCCGUGGGACUUUCGUUUAGAAAAGUCAGUCUGCGCUCGAUGGCUUCGCUUCCUCGGCUUGAGCGAUGAGGAUACUACCCAAGAGAGCCCAGAACUUGACAAUGCAGAGUACAACGCCAUAUCGAACUGGAUCGAUCGUAUCUUGUCAGAAUAUGGUGGUUGCGCUUGCGAGCUCGAGAACAACUGCGCUUUCGCACGCUUCCACCGACGUUACCUUCAUGGCAAGAACCAAGCAAGGAGCAUCAAGAAGAAGCAAAGACGCUCUCGCAACCACACAGUAUCUCCCACCAGCACUGGACACGCCACAAAUAGCCGUGCUGCCAGCGAAGGCCAUGUUGACGAACUUACCGAAAGCGAAGCCAAUCACGACUCCACCUCGGCAAAAAGCAAGCCUGGCAGCCGAGACAAUACCCCAGGUCGACAAGGGUCUUUUGACCAGCUUGGCAUCUUGACAGAGCAGACCGACAGAGACAAGCGCAAGGUUGCCAUGGUAGAGGACUCAUUCCGCCGCAUGGAGCAACAGCAGCCACCUCGCAAGAAGAAGCGGGUGUCAGAUGGAGCCCCUUCAAGCAAGAUUGGCAAGCCUCGCGCUGGCUAUACUGACGCGGGAACAUCUAGAAGCAAAUCUGGAUCUCCAGCCAGUACUCGAUCCCCCCAGCUCCCGUCAGGCGCUUUCAAGGGAACCGCUGCUGUGCCAAAGAGAGAGGCUUCAGCCCCGCGAUCAAGGCAAACCUCAGUUGGUCCUGCCCGCCCUCAAUACUGUGAUGCCGCCAUCCAGACCGACCCUGUUGAGGGAGAGUGGUUCAGCACCCCCAUGUGUGACAACGGACCUAAGAAACGAGUUAUUUCUUUAUCCAGGAGGUUGCUCAACAGCCGCCUUCGCAUUAAGACCGAAGAGGAGGAACGUCGCAAGUCGAUGGCAUCUCUUCCAGCAGCUACAAUUGCAAUGGAUGUUGACGUUGUUGCAGCACCACCACAAGCAGCGACAACGACAUCGGAGGCCGGUACUGGGUCUCAGGAUACGCCAAUGAUGGAUGUUGCCCCAACGGUGCUAAACGAGCAAGCAGUCAAGAUCAAGGCAAAGACAACGCCCGACUUGCACGUUCAGUUGCCACCACCUCCAACAUUCGACAAUGCUGCAGUGUUGAGCGCGACUAUUACUACAACUCCCCUCUCGGCCACCAGCUCAGUUGCUCAAUCACCAUUCCCUGGUAACCCGUUGCCAAGCCCAUUCUCCAACGCCUCUCUCAACGGCGUGUUGGCGAACCCUAGCCCGAUCAAGAAGAAGCUAAGCUUGAGUGAUUACAAGAGUAGAUUGAAGAAGGGUGGCAGCGGCCCAGGUCAACUCAAACAAAGCAUGUCCAGCCCCGACGACAUGAAGACCGAAGCCAACGCCGAUUCUGCUUCUGCUACUACUGAAAAGGCGGAGGAGACCCAAUCUCAACCUAUCGUCGCCAACGGCACAUCAUGAUGGAGUAGCAUUUCUUAUUAACAAAUGGGCGACGAGCUGGGGGAACCAGCCAGAGAUGAGACGUCGCACUACGAAGGUCCUGUGUUAUAUAUGCUUGCUUUGCUUAUUUUUGUUUUUGUUUUACACUGGCGUUGGGUGGCUUUUAUGUGGGACAGAUUACGGACUGGCGCUUCUUGGGAAUAUCAGGGUUGCAAAAAAAGAGAAGAACGAUUGGGGGGAACUUGCCACCGGCUAUCCGCAGAAUUCUGUUGUUGUUUUUGGCUUGUUGUUUGAGCACCCGCUCCGUCUUUUUGUUGUGUAUUUAUAAGGUUCUUAUUAUCUGUUACUGGACUAGGCGUCCUUUUUCAUUGUUUGUUCUACUAUACCUCUACUUAGUCGAAGGCGGAAAGGCUACGGUGUUACCGUAAUGAACGAAGAUUUAAAGAUUCUGU